AUGGCUGCCAUCAACCACACUCGUAAGAGAAGCGAGGACAUCGAUCCUUUCGACACUGCCGAAAACUACUACCAUGCUAAAACAGAUCCCGCUCGUGCAACAAACACGUCUCGCAGUGGCCGUGUGAGAACACUUUCCAUGGCCGAGUCCAAGGCAUCCAAGGCAGGCUUCCUUGCUGUCUUGGAGAGCUACGAGUCUGCCUCAGGAACAACCACUCCCGACUUGACCAGCUCCAACGAGGCAUCGGAGGGAUACCCCAUGGAUUUGACCACGGAGAAUAUCCCCAAGAAACCCAACCACUACCAUGUGCGUCGUGCCUCGUUGGAUGACUCGUGGACUGUGCCCAAACGGUUCUUGAUCAAAGACAUCAAUACAACAUUAGAUGAGUUGUUGCUGAACGAGGAUACCGACCACAACUGCCAAAUCACCAUCGAAGAUCUGGGACCCAAGACUCUUUUGCUCGGCACAGCCAACUCCAACGGUUUCAACCAUACUGCUGUCAGAGGCACAUACAUGCUUUCUAACCUUUUGCAGGAGUUGACCAUCGCCAAACGCUUUGGCCGCACACAAAUGAUUCUUGACGAAAGCAGAUUGUGCGAGAACCCCGUGUCUCGUAUGAAACGGUUGAUCAACUCGAUGUUUUGGCCUUCGCUUACUCGGCAAAUCACCAAGGAAAACAUUGUCGAAAUGGCAAAGGAUACCAAAAUUGUUGAAGAAUACGAGGACGAGAACGGAAACAUCGUCAAACGUCACGAAAGUGUUCGCUUGUACAUCCCUUACAACCGCCCUGAGCAGUUCAAGUUUUACAACUCGAUCAAAGAGGAACAUCCGGAUGUUGAAUUAGACGUACAGUACUUGCCGGAGAAAAUCGAUGCCGAGUUCAUCAAAUCUAUCAACAAACGCCCAGGUCUUUUGGCUCUCGAGACACAACGCGACCCUAAGGACCCCACAAACUUAAUCAAUGAACCUUAUGUUGUUCCUGGUGGACGCUUCAAUGAAUUGUACGGCUGGGAUUCCUACAUGAUUGUUCUUGGAUUAUUGCUCAAUGUUACACCUGAGAACCAAACUAAUUUGAAGUUGUCUAGAGGUAUGACUGAGAAUUUCAUUUACGAAAUCAAUCACUACAAUAAGAUUUUGAAUGCCAACCGUUCUUAUUAUCUCGGACGUUCCCAGCCUCCAUUUCUUACUGAUAUGGCCUUGAAAACCUUUCACAAGACUUUGGAGGUGAGUCCAGAUAGCACAGAGGAUGCAACCGAUUUCUUGAAGAGGUCCAUUCUAGCAGCUAUUCGUGAAUACAAUAUUGUAUGGUGUUGCUCUCCACGGUUAGAUCCAGACACUGGCCUCUCAUGCUAUCAUCCAGAGGGUGUAGGUAUUCCCCCGGAAACGGAGGCAUCACACUUUGACGCAAUCUUGAAAGAGUACGUUGAGAAGUACAAUAUCACUCAAGAAGAGUUUAUCCAAAAAUACAACGAUAGAGAGAUCGUGGAACCUGACUUGGAUGAGUAUUUCUUGCAUGACAGAGCGGUGAGAGAGUCUGGCCAUGACACAACUUACCGUUUGGAGGGUAAAGCAGCAUACUUGGCCACUGUUGACUUGAACGCUUUGUUGUACAAGUAUGAGAUUGACAUUGCUGAGACCAUUAGAGACUACUUUGAGGACGCUCUUUUGAAUCCAGAAACUGGCAAGAUAGAGAGCUCUAAAGAGUGGUUCGAGAAGGCCAAGCAGCGCCAAACCAACAUCACCAAAUACUUAUGGAACGAAGAAGACUCCAUUUUCUAUGAUUAUCAUGUGAAGGAAAAGAAACAACACGACUAUGAGUCUGCUACAUGCUUCUGGCCCUUGUGGUCAAAAGUUGCCACAGAAGAGCAAGCAGAUUUGUUGGUUCGGAACUCGCUUCCAAAAUUCGAAGAAUACGGAGGUUUGGUGUCUGGUACAUUACGUCUGAGAGGAGAAGUUGGUAUUCAUAGACCCUCGAGACAAUGGGACUACCCAUUUGGCUGGGCACCUCAACAAAUCUUGGCAUGGAUUGGUUUGGCAAACUACAAUUACAACGGUGCUGCCCGUCGUUUGGUUUACAGAUGGCUUCACAUGAUGACUCGUGCGUUCGUUGAUUACAACGGAGUUGUCGUAGAGAAGUACAACGUUUUAAAAGGAGCCGUACCACAUAAAGUUGAUGCCGAAUACGGAAACCAGGGUGCCGACUUCAAGGGUGUUGCCACUGAAGGUUUUGGUUGGGUCAACUCUAGUUUCUUGUUUGGCUUAACGUUUUUGAAUCUCCAAGCACAAAGAAGUAUUGGGGCUUUGAUCCCGCCGGAGACCUUCUUGAAGAACUUAAACGAGAGUCAAAGAGAUCUCUACUCCUAG